AUGCAACUCUCCUCCGAGAUAACCCUCGAGCGACUGGAAGAAGAACCACAAGCAACAGCAGGAAGCCGCCUCUUACAACAACGACAAAUUGAUGUAGAUUUGAAUAGUGAGCAAGUUGAGAUGAGUGCAGCGCUGCCGAAUCCAGCUAUUGCUAAGGAUUUAAAAGACGGCAAUUUGUUAUGCUUGGUAAAAAGUAAAUUAUGGAUAGCACAUUCAAAUGGUAGAAAACACCGAGAAAAUAUUGCAAUUUUGAAGAAAAAUUUUAUCGCCACGACAAAUAAUAAUCAACAGCAAAACGAUGAUAAAAGGAAUAAUAAGAAGCGUAAUUUGAACGAUCAGAAUGCGCUGUCGGUUUCUUCGCCUAAAAAAUUUAAAAGUAAUAAUGAUGAUAUUAAAUCAACAGUGGAUCCGGUUCCUGUUUCAUCAUUGCAAAAGCGCGAAGAGCCUAAAAUUGAGACAAAGAAAAUUGGUAAAAAAAUAAUCGACGGAGUUCCUGAAGGCUUUUUUGAUGAUGAAAAAUUAAAUAGUCGUGUCGUAGAAACAAUUGAAAAAAAAGCGAAUAUGGAAGAUGAAUAUGCCAAUUUCAUGAAAGAAUUACAUGAAGCCAAACAAAAACAUGAUGAGAAGGAAAUAAUGGAAGAAGAGAUUUCGGGAAUAAAACGAGAUAUUGAACACAUCGAUGAACAGAUUGAAUGUUGGCGAAGGGUGAACAAAUAUGAAGUAAAGCUGGAAGAACUAAGGAAAAAAUUUAGACAGCAACGUGCAAAUUCUCCCAGUAUAAGUGCAAAUACAAUGGAAUGCGAUGUUCCGACCUUAGAAGACGACGAUAGUAAUAUAGAUGAGUUUAUGGAUUGGAGGCGUAAGCAUUUGUGA